UACCAUUGACAGCCGAAGCGCAACUUUUCCCCAGGCAAAGUGAAAUCAAGCCGCGGACUCGGACAAAAUAUAGUUCCCGUUUUUCAACUUAAAAUUAGCGAAAGAAAAGCGAACCCGCUCCCCCGUCGGACCCCUCGACGUUCGGCCGUCAUCUGGAGAGGACCCGUGCGGGGCCUGAGCUCUUUCCGCCGGGUUUGGAGCACUUUUGAAGACGGGCGGAAAGUGGGUGAUGAGUCCUAGCCUGUAAAAAGAAGCGAGAACUUGCUUUGCAGCCUGAGUAGUUCUUCUUUCAAUUGUUAUUGUCGCUUUAAAAAAUCUUUAAUUCACUUAAACUUCGUGUCGGCCGCGACGAAAGUGGGAGAAAAGUGCUUUUCUGGUCGGAACAUGGAACUACAAGGCCUGCAAGAGGCGUUGAAAGUAGAAAUCCAAUGUCAUCAGGAUGCAGAGCUCAAGAGACCGAAACACGACCGGCAGACACGGAUAACGGCGCUGAGCGAUAAACAAAAUCAGACGUUGUGCAAAGGCCUCAAUGAACUUCAGAACGGACAGAAGCUGGCAGUCAGAACUUGUCCCGUAGGGACGACCAAGCCUCUGUCUCUCAUCAAGCCUCCCGGUCAGAGCAUCGCCAUCUCCGUGGUGCCGGCCAAGGCUCCCGUUUCCAUGGUGACCGCACACAUUAACGGACAGAAGGCGGCGAGCUCGGAGCCGCUACAGACGUCCCCCAUCAACCUCCAGACGGGCGGCAGGGUGGCGUCCGCCGGAGUCCACCCGUUCAGCAGCAGGAGAGCCGGAGAGCUGCCGCCCUCUCAGAUGCUGGGAACUCUCACUGCUGUGCCCAUCAAGGUGCCUCACGUCAGCUCGCUGCACCGGCUGGCAGGACAAGCAGCCACAGUGCUACCUCAGGUCAGGCCAAAGACCCAGAUCCCCGACAGCCUCCCCCACAGUCCGUGUCAGGAGCUGCAGCCGCUCAGCCUGCAGAGGGCGACGGCCGUGGUCAGUCCUAAGAGCCAGGGCCCGACCCUGCCCACCGCCAACAGCACCUUCAGCCCCGACCACCAGCCCAACGGACAGAGCGACACCUCGCCGCCGCCGGCCCCGCCUCACGGCCAGUCAGGGGGCCCCGACUCCGGCGGCCCCGCCCAGCACGCCUCUGCGGGUCCUGGCGUAGCGUACGCCAUCAUCGCAGCCUCCCCCGCCACCGGCAACGGGGUGUCCGCCGUCAGCGAGGCCGUCAAGGUGCAGCCACUGGUCCUCAGCGCCGAGAACAAGGUGAUCAUCAUCCAGCCUCAGGCGCCGAGCAGCACCGACGGCUCCCCGGCCGACGUCCCGUCACAGGAAGUCCAGCCAGCGCCCAAGAAAGACGAGGACCCCGAGAAAAUCGCCUUCAUGGUCGCCCUGGGCCUCGUCACCACAGAACACCUGGAAGAAAUCCAGACGAAGCGUCAGGAGAGGAAGAGGCGGAGCACGGCUAACCCCGCCUACAGCGGCAUGUUCGAGCCCGAGCGUAAGCGCCUGGCGUCACAUUACCUGAACAGCUCGCUCUUCCUGUCAGCGCGAGACUCUGAGGAUUUCUGCUGGAAGGACGACGUGGAGCAUGACGAGCUCUGCUCCGUCUGUAAGGAGGACGGCGAGCUGCAGCCCUGCCACAACUGCCCCCGAGCCUUCCACCCCAACUGCCUCCACCCGCCCCUCAAGACUCCGCCCAGAGGACCCUGGUACUGCCCCAAGUGCCAGAAGAAGGUUCUGAACAAAGAAAACAUGUCGUGGCCGCAGAACUUUGUGCAGUCGUACGUCACACACAAGACGGUGAGGCAGGAGGAGAAGCGGCGGCUGCUGAGACGAAGCAGCGAGCUGAAGAGCGAGUGCGCUCACCUGGAGGAACAAGACGAGAAGCUCAACGACACGCUCAAGCAAUGUAUGGACCUGAGGGAGCGUCUGCUGGGGCAGCAGAGAGACACGCAGGCGUCGCUCGAGCGCCUCAAAGCGCUGAUCAGGCUGAUCCAACGCGACCAGCUCAUCCAGGUCACCAUGACGACCACCGCCACCAUCGCCGCCUCCCUGCUCUCCCAGUCCUGGAUCAAACCCACCAGCACCGCCGCCGCUGCCGCCACCCCCAACACCACCACCACCACCACCACCACCCCGGGCCCCUCGGCCACGCCCCUGCAGAAGAGCCACGCCCACAGCCAGGACGACGCCAACAUCUAGCCCCGCCCCCUCCGUGCUGAUUUGUUUUGUCUGAGUAAUUAACCACGGCGUCGAUCGUCCACUCGAGUAUUUUUGAAACACCUCCAGUGCUUACGAGAUUUCUUUUUUUAAGUUCUUUUCUAUUUAUUAUUAACGUUCUUGGCCUUAAUGUAUUUAUUACGGAGAGUCAGACGCCGAGCCGCCGCAGCUCGCCGCUCCAAAAACAUAUUUCCCUUUUUUAAACACAGGUGGGAUUAUUGUUCUGCUAGAGCGAGAGAGAACGUAGAGUUAGACGUAGUGAAGAAGCAGACGUGGACGUGACGGACUGUACAGCGAUAUAUCGAUAGAUGUUUGUUCAUUCUCCUACGAACAAUGUUUGCCAUAAGAAUUCAGGAAACGUUUCAUCGUGUAUGUGAACGCAUACGAGCCUUCAAACAAACAGAGGAACUGUUUUUCAGUAUUAAUAGAGUAAAGUCAAAGAAAAAAGUAUUUAAGAUAAAAACUACAGAAAUUAGCAUUUCUAGGAGAUUUUAGUAUUUUCAUGCUGAUGCCUGUCGAUCGAUGAAGCGUGGAGUAUUCAAGGAUCACUGUACAUAUGUUGUAUUAUUAUCUUCAUCUUCUUCAUCGCAGGGUUUGUUGUUGGUUCUUUACUCACCCACAUGUCAGCUGUUUCCUGUUGGACCGUGACACCUAAAGACUGUUGGUUCUGUCAGAGACGGAUCGGUUCUGUCAGAGACGCCGUGAGCGUUGGUCUGUCGGACAGGAAACGCGCUGUGAUUGGUCCAUUCACUCCCCUUUAACCAGUAUAGAAAAUAUGCCAAAAACUUUUCUUUGUUUUUGUACUGGGUCAUCGCUCCAUAACGUCUAACGUGCUUUGUUUUCCUGCCUCUUUUAUAUUUUUCGCUUUGGAGCUUUUUUUUUACUCGUGUUUUCUGAACGUUUUCUGAACGUUUUCUGAGCGUUUUCACAGUGACGAGCCUGUUAGUCUGACAGAUGAACACUGCCUCAAGUACAAAUCCUUUCAAACCAGGGUUUUCGUCUUUGUUGCGUCAUUUUAUAGACACCAGUCAAUCAGAAACGGGACCGCUCCGUCAAACUGCAACAACACUUUGACUGUCGGUGGACCCGGACGGUCACGGCGCCGUCCGGUCCAGCUCGGCCCACUUGUCUCACUAGUCUUCCUGCUGGUCCAGAAAGGUUCAGUUUAAGUGUUAAAUAGACUUAGUCCAUUUUUUCUUUGAGUUUCUCGUUGUGUCCUGACCACACAGUCGAGCUGCAGCUCUGCUGCCUGUUAAUGCACAAACAUGAACAAAUAAAGAAUCCAGAGAGAAAAAAACUUUAUCAAAAGAAAAAGAAGAACGAAGUCGAACAGCGAAGAGGUGUUUUUGUUUUCUUUGAGUCAUAUCCAGGUCACCUGUGUUUGGUCUAAUGUUGGAGAAGCAUCAUCGUACGGCACAAACUCAAACUAAUCUAGCGGCGCGUGUUUGAAGGAAAGACAGACGAGCAAUACGACAUCACAACUGUUUAACGACGCCGUGUCUCCCAAACCACGGCCUCAGGUCGCUGCUGAGCGUCUGACACGUCCAUCGUGCAGAUGCUGAUAACCGUCACGUUCACGGCGUUUAAAGUUUGAAGCAGCUCGAGUCGGGCUGAACUUCAUCCAGACGAACAAGAACAAUUCCAGUUUGUACUCGAAUACAGCUGAACAACAGAAACAGAAAAUAUUCACAGACCGUCUGUGACAGUUUUCACGCCGCGUUCAGUCACACUGAGCCAAAUGCACACGUUCUGUUUGAAUCUAUAUCUAUCUAUUUAAUGCGCUUUAAUCAGAGCACAGAGUCUGGCUGCUGUCUGAGGUCGUUCACUCCUUCAUUUCAUUUAUCUCCAAUGAUUACAUUCAAUUAACAAACCAUCAGAGAAAAGGAGAUUUAAUGAGAUGCAUCAUAAUCUGAGUGGUUUACUGCCUCCUCCAAACAUUCUCCUUCAAAGCCACGAAAAGUUAUUUUUACAGACUGUUUCCAUUUUACUCAACUUAACACACACAGACACAUGUCUGAAGAGCAACUCGUUCAGGUCAAAGUAUCUGUUCUCAUCAACUGGACUCACCUUAACGACCCACAGGCGUCCUUAACGACCCACAGGUGUCCUUAACGACCCACAGGCGUCCAUGAUGACCCACAGGUGUCCUUAACAACCCACAGGUUUCCAUGACGACCGACAGGUGUCCUUAACAACCCACAGGUUUCCAUGACGACCGACAGGCGUCCUUAACGACCCACAGGUUUCCAUGACGACCCACAGGUGUCCAUGACGACCCACAGGUGUCCUUCACGACCCACCUGACUGCAGUCAGUCAGAGGUGGAGCAGCCUUUUGGAGUCAUUGCAGUUUUCUACGAUAACCUUCCACAGAAACGUGACGGAGGCGUCAGCCGUCCACGUCCUGAUGUAGCCGUUCAUAUUUAACAUUAUUCAGAUGAAUCAUGUGACCUGAGCACAGUCGACCUUCACGAGCAGCAGAACGCGUCCAGUCUCUGUGGGAUGAACAGCAGAUAUGCAUUAACAUUCUAACGUUGAACCUAACUUGCCUUUAUAAACGAAUAAAACCAUGAUCAGUGUGUACAGAGUGUACCAUGUGACGCAUAUCCAGUCCUCACCUGAGUCUCCAGGUGGACAGGAAACAGAUGGAAACCAUAUCAGCGCCGCGUCGACCCUGCCUAACCCCGCCCCCCUGAAAAAAACAAACAAACGCACCCCUCCAUCCCCGAACGUCUUCAUCCGUUUCUAGAAAUCUUCUCCGGGAGAAACUGUGCAGUGCUUAAACAGAUCUAUUUUAAUACACGACACAACAUUUGAACAAAUAAGAAAAAAAAAGUUCAAACAUUUUUAUAUUCUUUUAUCAAGGAGCAAAAAAAGAAACAGAACAUUGGGAUUUUUAUUGUUUGCCAGUUCUGCAUUCUGACUUCUAGCUUGCAACGUUCGAUGUUUUCUUUUGCCACGAGGAGGCGACGACACGUUUAGAUGGAAAUGAAAAUGUGUGUUGGCUGUUGAAGUAGAAGUUUUUCUUUGUCAUAAGGGGACUGUCCAGUGGAUAGUGUGUAUAGGAAAGUGUUUGUCUUAAAUAUGCCAAUGUAGUUUUUUCUUCUUUAUGAUGCAUUAAAAAAGUUGAUCGAUGGAA